ACUGGUUAUAACCUAUCAUUUAAUGCCACGUAUAUUUACGUGUCAUACUUGAAAGUUAAAAUUUUGUGAGAGAAAUAAGACAUGGAUAUGACUAUAAUAGCAUUUUAAUGUUUAAGCUUAUAAAAUAAUAAAUAGUGAAUUAUAUUCUAUGACGAUAGAUGAUUUAUCGUGCGAGAUGUCGAACAAUCAACAUUCCAAACUACUUAUUUGUGCUGCCGGUAUUUUCAUAUGUUACUUUUAUUUUGGCAUGCUACAAGAGAAGAUAACGAGAGGUCAAUAUGGUGAUGAGAAGAAUAAAGAGAAAUUUACUUAUAUGUUUGCUCUCGUUUUCACUCAAUGUUUGGUUAAUUACAUGUUUGCUAAGAUGAUUUUAUUAACAGUUAUGAAACAGGGUGAAGAUACAACACCUACAUUAUAUUAUGCUAUUUCUUCUUUAACGUAUCUGCUUGCUAUGGUCUGUAGUAAUAUGGCUUUACAAUUUGUAAGCUAUCCAACUCAAGUGAUAGGAAAAUCUGGAAAACCCAUACCUGUUAUGGUGCUUGGUGUAUUAUUGGGCAACAAGGUAUAUCCAAUCAGAAAGUAUGUUUUUAUAUUUUUGAUCGUGAUUGGAGUUGCUUUAUUUAUGUAUAAGGAUGGAAGUGCAAGUAAACAAAUAGAAGGACAAACAUGGUUUGGGGAGUUACUACUUUUGUUAUCAUUAACGAUGGAUGGAUUAACAAGCGCUGUACAAGAACGUAUGAGAGCAGAACAUAAAUCUAAAUCUGGACAUAUGAUGCUCAAUAUGAAUCAAUGGUCUGUUGUAUUUAGUGGAAUAGUGAUCCUUAUCUCUGGAGAAUUGUUUGAAUUUAUUAAAUUCUUACAACGUUAUCCAUCUACUAUUUGGCAUAUCUCAACAUUUUCUUUGGCCGGAGCAUUUGGACAAUAUUUCAUAUUUUUAACAGUUGCUGAAUUUGGUCCAUUACCAUGUUCCAUAAUAACUACUACUAGAAAAUUUUUCACUGUCUUAGGAUCUAUAUUAAUUUUUGGUAAUAGUCUUUUACCUAGACAAUGGAUAAGUACAUUUAUAGUAUUUGUGGGUUUAUUUUUGGAUUCUAUGUAUGGCAAAGAUAAACCAAACAGAAAGGAAACAGUUAAAUAAUUAUACUUUAUGAACAGAAAGUAAUCAUUGUUCCUCAAGUAUCUCAUUUUAUUCGAUCUUUAUUAGAUUUCUUUAAUAUCGAGAUACGUAUAGAAUGCCUUUUAUCAAAGUACAUUUUCUACUAUGCCAAUGGAAUUAAUUACUUUUUUAUGUAGAUACAAAGUAUUGAAACAAUUAUGCAAAGAAUGUAUUUAUAACAUAUGUUUAAGAGACUAAUUAUAAUAACUAAAAAUAUUGUCUAAAAAACGUGAAAUAUUUUAAACGUCAAUGGAACAGGCACAAAUGUUAGAUAUUAGGAAAUUCUUCCAAACAUAUACAUUUUUUAUAUAAACAAAUCAUAAGAUUGUCACAAGAUUAUGAAAUUCUUUUUAUUUAGACUUUCUUUUAUUUGUUUAAAGGAAAGGAUUAUAGAGAUCAUAAUUUGUUAUUAAAGAUAUGUUUAUUUUCAUUGAUACGUACUUUUAAAUAUUGGUAGUUCUAUACUAUUAUAUUUAUUUUAUAUGUCGGUGCUUAUACAUAUAUAUAGAGUAUAAUUUUAUGUAAAAAAUAGUGUACCUUAUAUUAGGUUUCUUAAUCUUUUUGCUCUCUUAUAUUUUUUCUCUUCCUUGAAUAUCUUCCUGACAGUUAUUUAAAAGCAGACUAAAACACAAAAAUUAUGUAAUGUAAUUCAGAAUGAUGCAAUGAAAUAUCCUAGCUACUGUAUAUAUAGUAAUAUUCUUUGCACUGCAUUGGUCUGAUUAAAUCCUAUUCCUUUUAUAAAGAAAUAAUAAUGUUCUAUAUUGUAAACUAUGAUCUUCAUAGUAAUUUAAGAGAAUAUCAGAGUUGAAGAUACAUAUACCACGUAUCGUUGAAAUUAAUUGCUGAAAUACAAUAAGAUAUAAUUGUACAAUACUAACAUAUAUAAAUGAUAUAUACGUAAAUGUAGAUAUUAUGUUGCCAAUCUUGGACAAUAUAAAACGAUUUAUCAUUUC